ACCCCGCGCGGCCAUCGCGAGUUUUGAUGCAAACCGCCGGGAUGGUGGCGGGCCCCACCUCGACCAAAUGCGGAAGCCCAUCGCUGCAACUGCAAUCUUAAUCCCGCCCUCUGCGCCGCCAUUCCUCCAUUCAUCCCGCUGCUUUCUUGCGAAGAGAGAGAGAGAGAGAGAGAGAGAGGGAGAGCAGUUUUUUUCGCCUUGCUCGUUGCUUCUGGGGAGGGGGCGGGGUUCUUGCCUUCAAAAUCCGUUCUUGGAUAUUUUUGGGGGAGAUGUGGGUUUUAUGCCUUCUGUUGGGUUCUUGAGGCGCCGGGCGGAUUGGGUUCCUUGGAGAUUUUCGGAGUUGGGAUCAGUUUGAGUUCGUGAGGCGGCGGCGGCGGCUCUUGUUUCUUGGAGAGCGGAAGGUGGUGGAACAUGAACACUGUGUGUGAAGUGUGUGGAGAUAUUGGUUUCAAACUUCUUCUGCUAUGUUGCAGUGACUGCAAUGGAGCUGCUACACACCAAUACUGUUUGGACAAAGUUGUCUAUGAUGGAUCAUUAGCAGACUGGUUGUGUGAUGAAUGCCAACAAAAGCAUGGUGAAGUUGCUUACAGCAGAUCUCUAGUGAAGUUGUCAAGUGAAAGGCCCUCAAGUCAUGCUCAUCUUGGCUCUACAUCACAGCAGCCAAUUACCAAGAGAGUGGAGUCAGCAAGGGCUGUAGGGCCAUGGGAACACCCAAAAAGUAAGUCCUACAUGACUAUAAGUGCAUGCCUAAAGAAGAAUUAUUCUUCAAGAAUGAAUUCUUUGCAAAAGAAGUGCAUUAGAAAGAAGUCAAAUAUGAGAGGCAAAAGCAUAAAUAGAAGAGGACGCGAUGCUGCAAGUAUUGCCUGCACCAGUGGGGAGGCAUUACAUUCUUGUGAGACCAUUGCGACUGAAACAGCUAAGAGCAACAAUGGUGACAACCAGCAGGUUGACAAUGAAAGCUCUGUUCAAACAUUGAACAAUGAUCGUGGUUCAAAUCAUUUGGCACCAUUGGAUGAAUUCUUGGUAAGCGAUAAAGUUGAGAGGCAAGGAGGAUUGACAAUUGCUUCAUCUCAAAAUACAUCAAGCGGUAAUGUUCAUUUUACUCAUUAUGAUCCUAACAAGCAAUAUAAUUCUUUGAAGGCAAAGGAAAGUCCCAAUCCUAGGUCCGCACUUGAGGGCAACCGAACUGGUCAGAUUGAUCUCCAAAGUAACAUAAGAAAACUUCCAUUUUCUGUUGGCAAAGUAGCUGUAAGCCAGGUAUCAGGGUUGAAAGAUAACAGUGGUGCAACCUUAUCUUCCAAACGCACUGAUCAUGACAAACAGACAAAUCAACAUGCUCCAGUUGGCUGCAAAAAUAUGAAAGUUAAGUCUGGAAAUGAUAAUAGAACUUUGGUUGGUGCUCAUCAAAACAAGUAUUGGGCAGUGUCAUCGCUGAGAAACAAGGACAAGCCUGAAGCACAUGGUGAUAGUAAUAGCAAUGUGUUAGAUGGCUUGGUGUUGGAAAGAGAGAAGAAAGAGGUCAGUUUCCAGCUGGAUUAUAAGGAUAGCAACGAGUUGCAGCAGAGAAGCAUGGCUGUCAAUGUACCACAGCCUUCCAUUCUUCAAAAUGAUGAUUUGGACAAAGCCAUGUCCAAUCCAAAUAUGGGUGUGUUGUCGAAGGAAAAAAACUGUCUGCCAUCUGUGCAUAUUGAAAAUGAUAAUCUGAAGGAAAACCAGAGGGAACCAUCAAAGCUAUUGGAUCAGUAUUCGAGUUCAUCCUUACAUAUCUCUUCAACAGCAAAAUUUGCUCUUGAAGCUAGCGCUACAGAAGUAGAAAAUUCUGACGCUGCCCAAAACUUUGCCAAGGAGAACCCAAGAAAGCGAAGACGACUCAUUCUACCAUAUGACGAUGACGAUGAUGACAGAGACGAAGAGAAGGCUGAAGAUGUGCAGCAGGAAAAUGUCAAUCCUCGACCUCUUAAGUUUGAUGGACCAAUGCCAAAGCAUAGGAUAGACACUAAAUGUUAUGUGGAGGAGGCUGUACAGACUGGAGAUUUGAAUGAUCAAAAUCUCAUGAAUGGUAGGCCUGUGAAGAGACGAAGAUACAUAAUUGAAAUUGAAGAUGAAGAUGAAGAGGAUACUGUAGGUGCUGCGUAUGCUGAAUGCGCUCUGAAUGAUGCUGCAAACUGUUCUCUAAAUGAUGAUGCAAAGUUGGCAUCACAAAAUAUAGUUGCAAAGGACCAUCUUCUCCAAUCCACAACAGCAUCUGAUUCAGAAUCUGCUGGUCAACAAUAUUAUAUUUACUCGCAACCCCUUGAUGAACCUAUUUGGAGUGGAAUCUUUAAGAUAGAUGGUGAAGUGUUUGUUAAGUUGGAUGCUCACUUGUCAAACAAAGCAUGUCAGAGAGUGUGGGAAUUGUCAGGAUUGUUGCAACCAGUAGUUGAAGUAAUGAAGCUCCCACGGUUGCAAGCGUGGCCAAAGAGAUGGACAUCUUCAGGACCUACUGAUGAUAGCAUUGGAUUGUUUUUCUUCCCACGUGUUUCGAGGGCAAAUGAAGUAUCAAACAGAGUAGUUAACAAAAUAAUCAAGAGUGAUGCUGCCUUAAAAGUUACUGUUGGUAUUGCCGAGCUACUAAUCUUCCCCUCUGUUUUAUUGCCAGAACAAUAUCACUUUUUCCAGGGGAAACACUACCUGUGGGGAGUGUUCAAGCGAAAGGAAGAUAUGCCUGACAAAGGUGUUCAAUCUGAAGAGCAAGAUGGUUCAGCGCAUGCCGCAGAGGAAGGGGAACUACAAGAGCAGGAUCUUUUGGACCAACAUGAUGAAGUACUAUAUGAGUCAUCGGACCAAGAGACUUUUGUUGUGAAGCAUGUUGUGCACGUUGAGAAUCAACUGCUGGUGGAGCGUGACCCUGAGGCACAAAAGGAGGCUAUGAAAGUUGCCACAAGAGAAGGAAUUACGUCACCUGGCAGCAAUUGGUCCUCUGCUAAGACGGACUCUCCAAAAGCCAGAUCAAACUGCUCUGUGCAUCCAAGAAUUGAGCGUAAAUUGCAUGCGCUUGGAGAAGUGGACCAGCAGGAAGACGCCAGCUCUUUGGCCGUGUGGACUGCCUCAAGUAUUACCGAACAGUCAAGUUGUGCAGUCACUACCAAGCUGAUCAAACCUUGUGAGCGUGGUCACGGACAACCCCUCUCAGACUCAGAACAUUCCACAACAAAGCUGUUUGGAUUUGUUGUUGCCCGGACACCAAGAUCUCAGCAACUCAUCCAGGAGAUGGCCAGUGAAGAAGGUGCAUUGUUACUCCCAAUGCUGGAAGAGAUGGUGACUGCUGAUUCUAGCGCAGGUGGCAGCACUGGAGUUGCAUCUGAGCUGAACCCUGAAGCCGAGUGCCCUCAUCCGCGUGACUGCCCUCAGGCCUUUGAUUUCGUCUCCAUGGGCAAUGGUGAGCCUGGUGUGGCUUCUGAAGCCUGCCUGGAGCUGUUCCCGGUACGGCAGGAACAGAUUGGAUGGGCUCCCAGGGUGGAAGUUAGCCGGGAAGUAGACCUUGACUUGAGCCUUGGCAAGUGCUCGGGAGCGCCCUCAAUGCCGCUCUUCUGAAGCUUGCUUCGGAGUUAAAGGUGUCGUACAGGACUCCUGGACAAGUUCAAUUUUGCUGUGAAUCACAAUGUAGUGUUGUUGCCUUGUCUCCCAGUGAUGAUUGCUUUCUCUAGUUACGGCUUGCCAGUGCCUGUAAGUUCUUUUGUGCAGGAUAUUUUUCUCGUUAGGAUUUAGUUUUGUGAUGAUGUAGAUUCCAAACUGAUGUAUGGAGCCCUCCACAGCUAACAGUUAUGUUGUCGGGAAAGGCCGUUCGUUAGUAAUUUUGCAUUCAGUAUGAUGUAGAUCAAGUCUUUGUGCCCCUUUCAGUUUACUGUUUGGGCGCCUUUUGUUUUGGCAAUGGUGACGAAAAGGGCAAAGCUGAGUGGAAAGGUUUGUUAAUUUUGUAUGGGGAGAGGAGAUUUUUCAAGAUGAAUGGUUUAUUUGGA